AUGUUAAUUGUUCUUAUUUUUCCAGUGAGAACCAAGACCAGAACCACCAGGACUACCAGGACCAGAACCACUGAAGCCAGAACUAGACCCACCAAAACUGGGGCCAGCAGAGAGACAGAUAUCCACCAAGUGGAUCUUUAUGGUCUUGAACUCCUCAAUGAGCUCGGAGAGAGCAUCCUCAACGAAGGAGUUCUUGGAUGCAGAGCCUUGGGCAGAGAAGGGAACAAACUCAGAGACCAAGCAAGCAGCAGACCAACAAUAUUUUUCUUCAACCGCCUCCACCUUGAAAGCUUGAUGGACCAACUCAUCCCAGAAACAGGGCAGACUAGUCUUCUCUACCUGGUAGGCAAUCUCCGGGCAGAGAGCUCACAGCAGAAUGCGAAUCUUCUGGGUCUCAUUGGACAAGGCAAUCAGACCAAAGAGCUACUAGAGGUUGAGGGCCACCUCACUGACACCCUGACCAGGACCUUGCCGCGUUUCUUCAAUCUCUGUCCACCAGACGCCCUCCAUCUGCUUAGAGGCAAAUUGUUUUUUGAAUUCAGUGGAGAACAUGUCCCAGGUAGCAACCUUGGUCUUGUGUAUAGCCCACCAUUUGGCCGUCAUGCCACGGAAAUGGGUGACAGCCACCAAGAUGGUCUCCUUGUUGGUCAUCCCAACACUUUUCUUCAGACGGUUCAUGUGCAGGAUCCAGGAGAGUGA